UCACCUUCACCUUCACCUUCACCUUCACCUUCACUUCGACAUCUUCCAAUCUGUCACGAUUUGAAGCAGUCCCUUGCACCCUUAGCAAAGCGGCGACCUCCUUCGCAUAGCCUCUCCGUCAUGGUCAACACCACGUUCCAGAUGUAGAGUGGUCACAUUCAUCUAUCUCCCCCCUUUGAAAUCUACUGGGUGACAUCUUCAUGGAGACCGCCCCGCUGACUUUGGCUCAUACUCACGCCCGAAAUGCGGCUCUUGAAUCCCGCCGUUCCAACCCAGUCGCCGCAAGUGAAGAACAUGACCUCGCUGCGGCCGAGUUCGCAACGGCGGCUCAAGCGACCUCAGAUAUAGAGGCUUUCCGCAUCCUGACAUUACUUGAACAACAUCAUAAGAGAUUGGGUCAAUUGUUGAGAGCGAGUCACGAAAAGCCGGCUCCGGAAACUGUUGCAACACCCAACAACACCACUCAAUCAACCUCAUAUCCCCUUCAAAACGAUGCGACCAAGACCUCGUCUACCGACCCAACUGUUCUCCCGCCACGUCUACCUCGAGCUCCCAGAUCUUCCAACCGCGACCUCUCCUCCUCGAUAGCAAGCAACCUCGCUUCUGCUCGAGGUAUACCAAAUCCCCGUCAGAAACGGCCUACCCCAGUCUCUCCUCUUGUCUCCAAUCAACACGCCGAUGGCCAGAUCACUCAAGACGAUCGCUCGUCACGCAGAGUUACCAAAGAAGACGUUGAAGCCACCGAGUCUACAGCUCAUACAAGUAGAACUGCGAAUGGUCGACCUCCGUGGGCGCCGCCGUCCCUCGCCACAGAAGACUCGAAUCAGUCUGACACAAAUGAUCACAACACAACAGCGGCGGAUGCCCCCUUCCAACAGUUCUAUACCUCUUUCGAAAGCCUCAUGUCUAAGUUGAGCGCCCCGUUGGCCUUUGCUAGUCUCCCUCUCACCGGUUUGGUCGCACCAAAAUCACAGCCAGUGCCUCCACAAACGACGCUCAAAUCUCCCAAGUCACAAACACACCCAACUCCACACCCACCAUCAGCCGCCUCCUCUGUCGAUUAUUCUCAACUAAUCUCCAAAGCCGCUUUGCGCGCCGUAUCAACCAACAGGGACACUUCCUCCAACCCCUCCGAGUCUUUUUACGUUGUACCUACAACCGGAGGAACAAUCUCUUACGCCGACAUCAUGAGUCGUGCAGAGCGUGAAGAAUCUCGCGGAAUGCGCGGCCAUCAUCGUCAACCAUCUACUCUCUCCAACAUCUCCGAAGACGACUUUGUCGACGCUCAAAGCACACUCAUCAACGCCAGCCCACGCUCACGAGAAUCCAAUGGCGCGAAUCAACCACUAGGCCGAUUCCGCAACCAUGGUCGUAACGAGGCCAAAGUCGGCGGCAAGACCAUGGAAGAACUCGCAUUGGAGAACAAAGCACUCAAACACCUCUCCGACACGCUUUCUCGACGAUUACACAUGUUCGAAAUGUCUUCCCAAACCGCAACCACCGCAUUAGCCCAAAGCGUGCGUUCUAUCCAUCGCUCUCCUCUGACCACACCAAUGUUGUCACCCGAGAAUUCUCGUGGAAAGAAUAGUUCUCGACCACUCGAUAUAGGAACCGACGAAAGCCUGACUAGGAGAAUCGCCGAACUGGAGGAUAUCCUCAAGAAGAGCGACGCGCGAGCCAGGAAGAAAGAUGACGAAAAUGCAAAAUUGAGAGAAACGAUUAACAAAUACAAGGAAAAAUGGGAGAGUCUCAAAGCAGGUGCCAAGGCGAGGAGGGAACGAGAACGACGAGGUGGUGGUGGUAGUGGUGGCACCGGAAAUGCGGCGGAAAAGGGGACUGAGACUGGUGAGGCAGCCAGUGUGGGUACGGGAAAUACUGGUGAUGAUAAUGAUUAGGACGGUGUUGAAUGGAUGAUACGCAUGCAUGUUCGAGAUAGAUUGAAAGAUACCCUGCUAUUCUAUUAUCACAACA